AUGCUUUUGCUUAAUGUGCACAAGUUUGUUAAGAAUGCAGCAUGGUCUUUUUGUCGUGAUUUUGAAAAUUGGACUAGCAAUUUUACUUGUCUUUGUGUUGUGGCUUUCGUUUCAGUCAAAUAUGUAUAUGACUUGUCGCUGUGCCUGCAUUUUAGCUUACUAAUUAGUAUGUCUGAGCGCAACUUCGUUCCCGUCGAAUUUAAUGGGCUUUGCUGGACCCUCCCUGAUCGUUAUUCUGACCUCACGUCAGUCGGGAGUGGGGCGUUUGGGGUCGUAUGCUCUGCAAAAGACAACCUUUUACAGCGCAUGGUGGCUAUAAAACGUAUUGAUAAACCAUUCGACACACUCGAAGAUGCCAAACGUACUUAUCGUGAAUUGGCUAUCAUGGCGCAUAUGGAUCAUGAGAACGUCGUAACUCUGGUGGACGCAUUUACGCCACAAGCAACAUUGGAAAGUUUCAACGAAAUUUUUUUUGUAAUGCCUCUGAUGGCAGGUGAUUUGGCGGAGGUUUUAAAGCAUCAAGUCCUCGAUGACGACCAAAUAACCUUCCUGGUGUACCAAAUUCUUCGAGCUCUCAAGUGGCACGUCGUCACCUCUGUUGUUGAUUACCAUGCCACAGCGAAGGAGGUGGAAGUAGAGGUAGAGGUGGUUGGCACUGCAGACGUGGCAUUGCAUGGACGGUGCCUUUGUGUGAAGUACCCACAGACUCGACUAUCCACAGUGGACAUCGUUUUCUGUGGCGUUAAGCUUUAA